GUGAAACGGCCGGAGAUCGGAGGCAAGGAGCAGUGUUAGCUGAGCUCUGGCAACGUCGCCUCAUUCGAGACGUAACCGCGCAUUUAUUAUUCGUUUUUCGUGUAAAUAUAACGGCCUAUCACGAGAUGUUUAAAUUAACAUUUUCGUUCCUCGCAAUUAUUGCAUUAGCACAUGGGUCCAGUAUCUUAGAUUUCCUAGACUGGGAAGAUGGAAAGAAGUUGAUAGAAGUACCAGAGCUCAGGAAUGACCAGCCUAAUAGAAACUGCCUUUGCAAGGGCCCAGCUUGUGUCUGCUGUGUGGAUUUCAACAUAACGUUUGUUGAUCUAGGAGGACCAGGGUGUGUUCACAUGAAAUACUUAUCCCCUGAAGAUGGAUUUUCAGUCAACGUGUCCUACGGCAAAAAUUUACUACAUAGUUCAAAAAUACAAGGUACCAAUCCAGCACCUAUAUGCCUUCAAGUAUUUGGUAAGUUUGCCCAGGUGUGUGCUAAAUUCAGUGACUUGGCACCUACCGCUGACGGUCUUAGGGGAUGCCUUGAGUUGGAGCCUAGACUUUUAGGAGAGGGACAGUUAGAAUUUCCCAUUGGCUGUUUCAAGUCCACUCCUGGUGGAAUGGAAAUGGAAGAUCCACCUGCCCAGCCUGAAGGGGAAUCAACUACUGAGGAAUCUUCAACGGAAGACAACACAUUCGAUGCCGAAUCCUUCCUAGCCAGUGUCUACCAAACGGCAGAACAAGGUGUUGCAUUUCUCAGCAGCCUUCUAGAUAUACCAGCUAAACGUAACUCUACAACAACAGUAGCCCCACCCACAUCCUCUGAAGCACCUCAAAGACGAGGGCCUAAAUACCUAAAACAUCCUAAUCAUCUGUGAUAUAAUCAUUUAAAGAGUACAAAAGAAGCAUUUUGUAGUAUUAAGCUUUGCUUGCCAAGCUCCCUAGCUUUCAAGACUUAUGAUAAUUCUAGAAUGAUGAUCUUAAGCUGAAGUAACACUUCUUGUCCUAUUUAUUGUUAACUAGGUUUAUAAAUAAAGGUGUUAAAUGUU